AUGGGGAACUGCCAAAACUGUUUGUAAUAAGAGUAAGAGCAAGUAGAAAUUCAAAUCAACAACCACACAGAGGAGGAAGUGUAAGCACCUUGUGAAUAACCUCCUUUAUUAAAUUUAGAUGUGAAAACUUGGUAAAAAGAUUCUUACAGUCUUUACGAUUAUGAGAAUAACACAUUUAUUCAUUCUCAGCAAAUCCCUAUUAAUGGCACUAGCUAUCUAACUUGCCAAGCUAAUAAAGUUUUAUAUAAUGAGGGGAGCUACUCCAAAAAUAAUGAUAACAGCGAUGAAAUACUCCUUCUUCCACUUGAAUAUGAUAACGAAUCAUUCCAAUUAGUAAAUUUACGCUACAGCAAGAGACUCUAAACUCAAGAACUUGCAGAAGACUAUCAAAAAGAAGAAGGAGAUAAACUUUUAUCUGAAAACCAAACCAUUCACGCUGACUUUCAAUUGAGUUUUAAUAUACAGAAAUUAAGAACUAACACUAAUCGGCCAUCGCCUAAGGGUUCCAAGAUCUGGUUGGUUACUAGAUCUAUUUAAACUAACAGCCUUAACGAAGGGUUGGUGCUCAAGAUUGGAGAUGUGAUUAAAUUAGGAAGAGUUAAAUUAACAAUUAAGGAAAUUCAAUUACACCAUGAAACUAAUUAAGAUUUAUUGAAUGAAGAAUCCAUCUGUUCAAUUGAAGAUAAAAAUGAAUUUACAAAACAAUGUCGAAUCUGUCUAUCUACGGGGGAAUCCACUCUAAAUCCAUUGAUUGAUCCCUGCAAAUGCAUUGGAAGUACUAAAUAUGUACAUAUCAAUUGCUUGCUUAAAUGGAUUCAGCAAAGCUCUCAUUUUAAUAGCAAUGCCUACUGUACUAGAUUUAUCUGGAAAUCUUUGGAAUGUGAAAUAUGUAAGUCUGUCUACCCUCCAGUUUUUGAGAGGAAUGGAAAAUAGUUCGACUUAAUUGAAUUAAGCAAACCUAAGGAUAAACCAUUCAUCAUCAUGGAAUUCCAAAAAAAGAGGCAAAAUGAAAGUCCUCAAUCAACUGAUAGUAAUGGAUUGUAUAUUGUGAAUUUCGGUUCAAAAAAAGAACUCAAAAUUGGGAGAAAUCAUGAAGUUGAAAUCAGUAUUGCUGAUAUCAGUGUUAGCAGAGAACACGCUCAUAUUAAAUUAGUUGAUAAUAAAAUUAUCUUAUCAGAUAAAAGAUCCAAAUUUGGAACUUUGGUACUCUUACAAAAAAAUAUCACCCUCGCUCCACAAUUAUCAGGAUUGGAAUUGCAAAUUAAACGUACUCUGAUUAAAUUGAAUAAUAAUUUAAUAUCUUAAACAAGUCAGAAACAAAGAGAUUUUGAAUUAUACUUAGGAAGAAAUGAAUGA